AUGUCUGUCACAGAGGAAGACCUAUGUCACCACAUGAAAGUAGUUGUUCGUGUGCGUCCUGAGAACACAAAGGAAAAGGCAACUGGAUUCCAUAAAGUGGCCCAUGUUGUGGAUAAGCAUAUUCUAGUUUUUGAUCCCAAACAACAAGAAAUCAGUUUUUUCCGUGGAAAGAAAUCUGGAAAUCGAGAUAUUACAAAGAAACAAAAUAAGGAUCUUAAGUUUGUAUUUGAUGCUGUUUUUGAUGAAACUUCAACUCAAUUAGAAGUUUUUGAACACACUACUAAGCCAAUUCUUCGGAGUUUUUUGAAUGGGUAUAAUUGCACAGUACUUGCAUAUGGUGCCACUGGAGCUGGGAAGACCCACACGAUGCUAGGAUCAGCUACUGAACCUGGUGUGAUGUAUCUAACCUUGUUAGACCUUUACAAAUCCAUGGAUGAGAUUAAAGAAGAGAAAAUAUGUAGUACCGCAGUUUCUUAUCUGGAGGUCUAUAAUGAACAGAUUCGUGACCUCUUAGUAAAUUCAGGGCCACUUGCUGUCCGGGAAGAUGCCCAAAAAGGGGUGGUCGUUCAGGGGUUGACUUUACAUCAGCCCAAGUCCUCAGAGGAAAUUUUACACUUAUUGGAUAAUGGGAACAAAAACAGGACACAACAUCCUACUGAUAUGAAUGCCACAUCUUCUCGUUCUCAUGCUGUUUUUCAGAUUUAUUUGCGGCAACAAGACAAAACAGCAAGUAUUGAUCAAAAUGUCCGAAUUGCCAAGAUGUCCCUCAUUGACCUGGCUGGGUCUGAGAGAGCCAGUGCUACCAGUUCUAAAGGGACCCGGUUCAGAGAAGGUACAAAUAUUAAUCGAUCACUUCUCGCUCUUGGGAAUGUCAUCAAUGCUUUAGCAGAUACAAAGAGAAAGAAUCAGCAUAUUCCUUACAGAAAUAGUAAGCUCACUCGCUUGUUAAAGGAUUCUCUUGGAGGCAACUGUCAAACUAUAAUGAUAGCUGCUAUUAGUCCUUCCUCUAUGAGCUAUGAUGACACAUAUAACACUCUUAAGUAUGCUAACCGUGCAAAGGACAUUAAAUCUUCUUUGAAGAGCAAUGUUCUGCACCUUGACAAUCAUAUAACUCAGUAUGUGAAGAUCUGUAAUGAGCAGAAGAAAGAGAUUUUAAUGUUAAAAGAAAAAUUAAAAGCCUAUGAAGAACAGAAGGCCAUUACUGAGGAAAAUAACCAAGUGCAGUUAAUGAUUUCAAACCCUCAAAAAAAAGAAAUUGAAAGAUAUCAAGAAAUUCUGAACUGCUUGUUCCAGAAUCGGGAAGAAAUUAGGAAAGAAUAUCUGAAGCUAGAAAUGUUACUUAAAGAAAAUGAACUUAAGUCAUUCUAUCAACAGCAGUGCCAUAAACAGAUAGAAAUGAUGUGUUCUGAAGACAAAGUAGAAAAGGCCACUUGCAAACGAGAUCAUAGACUUGCAAUGUUGAAAACGCGUCGCUGCUACUUACAGAAGAAAAGGGAAGAAGAAUUGAAGCAAUUUGAUGAGAAUACUAAUUGGCUCCAUCGUGUCGAAACCGAAAUGAGACUCUUAGGUCAAAAUGGUGAUAUUCCAAAGGAACUCAGUAAAGAUCUUCAUUGUCAUCAUUUGCGCCUCCAGAACAACGAUUUGAAAGCACAAAUUAAACAUGUGAUGGAUCUAGCUAGUCUUCAGGAGCAGCAACAUAGGCAGACUGAGGCAGUAUUGAAUGCUUUACUUCCAACCCUGAGGAAACAGUACUGUUCGUUAAAAGAAGCUGGCCUAUCAAAUGCUGCCUUUGAGUCUGACUUCAAAGAGAUUGAACAUUUGGUGGAGAGGAAAAAAGUGGUUGUUUGGGCUGACCAAACUACUGAGCCUGAUAAGCAGAGCGAUCUACCAGGGGUUUCUAUGGUUAUGACCUUUCCACAACUUGCACCAGUUCAGACUACUACUUGUUGCACCUCUUCAAGUGAAUCUAAUCUUCUUAACAGUCCUUCACAAAAAAGAACUCGAAGAAAACUAAUGUCUUCUCCCUUAAAAACAGAACCUACCCAAAAGUCUGCACUGUCUGCAAGUAUACAGCUCAAUGAUUCUUUCAGCCAAGAACUUCAGCCUAUUGUGUAUACCCCAGAAGGCUGCAGAAACCCUUUGCAAAAUCCAUCUACAGUGACCUUAUUAAAACCAUCUUGUACUACAAGUUGUCAGGCCAUCGGCUCAAAUAUAUACAGUGAGAAUUCUCUGAAAAUGUCAUGUGAAGUAAAUCUCCCGGUCAUCAGGAGAAAAGAACAUAAACAGGAGGAUUUGGACUCUAUGUUUACUAUAUGUGACGACACCAGGAGAUUGAACAGCAAAUUACCUGAGCAACAAUCGGUAUCAGAUAAUAACAUUGUACAAAGGCUUGCCCCUUCCUCAUUCUCAGCGAAACAUCCUCUGCCUGUACAAAGCAUAGUACCAUCCUACAUGGCCAUGACCGCUGCUGCCAAAAGGAAACGGAAAUUAGCAAGUUCUGCAGCAAAUACUUUAACAGCUGAGGAAAAUUCUGGAUUUGCCAAACGUGUUCGACAAGAUAAUUCGAGCGAUAAGCACUUACAAGAAAACGGACCGGCAGUGGAAUAUAAAAGAAACAUCCAUAAAGCAAAGCCAAACAUGGUCAGAAAGUUUGGAAGAAACAUUUCAAAAGGAAAUCUAAGAUAA